AUUAGAGAAGGUGGAGUUAAGGUGCAAAUACAGCAAAGUCAAAAUUGUAGGAACACUAUUGUGCAUUACAGGGGCAAUUCUAAUGAGCCUAAUGCAAAGUAGCUCAAAUGCUCACAUACCAAAAAAAGAGGCUCAGUUUUCUUUACCAUCUCCACCACAUGAUGAUGAUGCUGACAUAUUUAAUGAAGAGAAGAUCAAGGGAUCAAUCUAUCUCAUGGCUGCAAUCUUGGUGUUAUCAAGUAGUGUUGUUUUGCAGGCAACAACAUUGGGUGAUUUUCCAGCACCAAUCUCUUUGUCUGCUAUAACUUCCUUUAUAGGCAUGGCAUUGACUGUAAUUGUUGAGUUGGUUCAAGAACAUUGCUUGGAGAUCGGAUUUCCCUUAAAUAUCCGCGACUUGAUUGGUUAUUCCUUACUGGCAGGAAUUGUAAGUGGAGCAUGCAUAAGCUUUAACAAUUGGGCAAUGAAGAAAAGAGGGCCAGUUUUGGUUUCUGUUUUUAGUCCCAUUGGAACUGUGUUAGCAGUUGUUCUCUCUACAAUCACCUUAAGGGACUCAAUCACUCUUGGAAGCCUUGCUGGUAUGUUUUUGAUGUUCAUCGGUCUGUAUUCCGUGCUAUGGGCUAAAGGGAAAGAAGGGUAUUUGAUCAGUUCUUCCAAUUCCUCAGAAAGUGAUGAAUAUGAUGUGGAGAAGCCUCUUCUAAGUUAAAAUAUAGUGUAUUCUUGUUGCUCUUUUCUCUUGUUCAUUUUGCUUGAUUGUUUUGUAUAUACAUAUAGAAAUAAUACAAAGUAGACAGCUUAUGUUUAGUUAGUUUACAUAUGAUGUGUGUAUGCACUCUUGUUGAAGCUUAAAAGACUUCAAAGGAAUGCAAAGAGAAGAAAGAUUUAUUGAUAUAAGAAGGAACUAGGCUAUUUCACAGUCUAGUAAUAUUACUAAGUUGUAUUCCGCUAUUGCAAUAUAAAUCGCAUUUAUCGAAGCAA